CAGAUCCAGAUGAACGUCAACCACUACGCAACGAAGAAGAGCGUGGCGGAGAGCAUGCUGGACAUGGCGUUGUUCAUGGCGAAUGUCACGCAGCUCAAAGCAGUGGUGGAGCAGGGGACAUCCUUCCAGUACUACACCACCCUCAUCGUGCUCAUCAGCAUCUCCCUCUUCUUCCAGGUGGUGAUUGGGAUUCUCCUCAUCAUCUCUGCUCGUUUGAACUUGAAUGAUGUUGAAAAGCAACCCAGCCUGGAUAUACUCAACAACAUUGCCACAGCUCUCGUCUUCGUCACAGUCAUCAUCAACAUCUUCAUCACGGCCUUUGGGGUGCAGAAGACUGGCCUCUACCCUACCAGGAGCUUUCGACCUUAUUAA